GCUGCUAGGGGCUCGGGGUGGUCGAGUCCUGGGCGCUUAAGAGAAGAGCCGAACUGGCUGGCUGCUCUUGAGGGGAAGAAGAGGGGUCCCGUCGAGAGUGAGGAGGCGCCCCAAGGAGUAAAAGUCCCUCGCAAUUUCCGACUGUUGGAAGAACUCGAAGAAGGCCAGAAAGGAGUAGGAGAUGGCACAGUUAGCUGGGGUCUAGAAGAUGACGAAGACAUGACACUUACAAGAUGGACAGGGAUGAUAAUUGGGCCUCCAAGAACAAUUUAUGAAAACCGAAUAUACAGCCUUAAAAUAGAAUGUGGACCCAAAUACCCAGAAGCUCCCCCCUUUGUACGAUUUGUAACAAAAAUUAACAUGAAUGGAGUAAAUAGUUCUAACGGAGUGGUGGACCCUCGGGCCAUCUCGGUGCUGGCCAAGUGGCAGAACUCGUACAGCAUCAAAGUCGUGCUGCAGGAGCUGCGGCGCCUGAUGAUGGCGAAAGAGAACCUGAAGCUCCCGCAGCCGCCCGAAGGACAGUGCUACAGCAACUAGGCCGCAGGACGCUGCCGGCCGCCAGCAGGCCGCCUGCUCCGCGGUAGUCCAUUUUCUAGGUUCAUCUUGUAGGCCUCCAAGUACUGGAAAGGAAGCUCCCAUUCAAAGGCAAUUUAUCUAAGGAUACUGUAAAUGAUACUAAUUUUUUGUCCAUUUGAAAUAUAUAAGUUGUGCUAUAACA